CCAUAUGUUUAAGCUUCUCGUGCCUUCCUUCACUUUACAAUCUCCCAUCCUCUUCUUCUUGCAUGUGACUCUCUCUCCCUCUCUCUCUCUCUCUCUCUCUCUCAUAGCUUUCAGAGCCAUUCAGAACAACUGCGUUCUUCCUUUUCUCCUUCUUUGAGCUUCUUCGACUCCACCAUUCUCUUCUUCUUCUUCUUCUUCAAUCGCCUGAAAUGAUGCAAAUGCCUCCUCAGCAAGAAACCAACCUUGCGGUCGUUGUCAUCCCGAGCCGCAAUGAAAACAACGUCUCCGUCCACGCCGAGCCGGCAUUCUCCUCGAGCAAUGUGAGCCCAUCCCCAUGUGGAUCGCCCCCCAAUGCCGACGAACCUCCCGCUCCGGUCAAAUUCUCGUUCCUCCGCCGGUCGCUGUAUCCCAUCACUCUCAAGUUCGAAGACGUCGGCUACAACAUCAAGCUUCGGACCAACAGGAACAGCUGUUGCGCCCCGAACGAGCCCAAACUGACCCGGAACGUCCUGAACGGUGUCACCGGCAUGGCCCGGCCAGGGGAGCUGCUCGCGAUGCUUGGGCCCUCUGGGAGCGGCAAGACUACCCUCCUGACAGCCCUUGCCGGCCGGCUACCUGGGAAGGUCACUGGCGCCAUAACCUACAACGGCCACCCCUUCUCGAGCUCUGUCAAGCGCAAGAUUGGCUUUGUCUCGCAGGAUGACGUUUUGUACCCCCACUUGACCGUCCUCGAGACGCUUACCUAUGCCGCCCUGCUGAGGCUGCCCAAAGAGCUCACCCGCCAAGAGAAGGCCGACCAAGCUGAGAUGAUCAUAUCGGAGUUGGGCCUGGGGAGGUGCCGGACCAAUGUCGUGGGUGGGCCGCUGGUCCGCGGUGUGUCGGGUGGCGAGCGCAAGCGGGUCAGCAUCGGGCUCGAGCUCUUGGUGAACCCCAGCCUCCUGCUGCUGGAUGAGCCCACCUCGGGCCUCGACUCGACCACGGCCCAGCGGAUCGUGGCCCAGCUGCGGGCGGUGGCCCGGGGCGGGCGGACCGUGGUGACCACCAUCCACCAACCUUCGAGCAGGUUGUACUGGAUGUUCGACAAGGUGGUUGUGCUGACAGAAGGGUGCCUGAUCUACAGCGGCAGCGCCGGACUAGUCAUGGAGUACUUCGGGUCGCUCGGGUACUCGCCCGGGUUCGAUUUCAUCAAUCCGGCCGAUUUCCUGCUUGAUCUUGCUAAUGGUAUUAAGCCGGAUUUGAGGCAUGAUGAUCAGCAGGAAUUUCACAACAAAUUGGAGUAUCACGACGAGCAGAACUCCAUCAAACAGUCUCUCAUAUCAUCGUACAAAAAGAACUUAUAUCCUGCAUUGAAGGCAGAAAUUCAACAACAUUCUCUAGACCAAGAUACACAUCCGUCAAGGAAAAUGUCAUCUCUCAGAAGGGAUGAGAGCUUCUGGAUGACAUCCUGGUGGGAGCAAUUCACGGUGCUGCUCAGUCGAGGUUUACGGGAAAGGAAGCACGAGUCGUAUUCGGGUUUAAGGGUUUUCCAGGUCAUGUCGGUCUCCGUUCUCUCAGGUCUACUUUGGUGGAAAUCGGACACUUCACAUGUACAAGAUCAGGUUGGGCUACUCUUCUUUUUCUCCAUCUUUUGGGGAUUCUUUCCUCUCUUUAAUGCGGUCUUCGCAUUCCCUCUAGAGCGGCCCAUGCUCAUAAAGGAGCGGUCGUCGGGCAUGUACCGCCUCUCAUCCUACUAUUUUGCUCGGAUCGCUGGAGAUCUCCCAAUGGAGCUCGUGCUCCCCACUAUCUUCGUGACGGUUACCUACUGGAUGGGCGGCCUCAAGCCAUCGCUAGGGACCUUUGUGCUGACGCUCUUGAUAAUCCUCUUCAACGUGCUCGUGUCACAGGGGCUCGGGCUGGCUCUUGGGGCUGUCCUAAUGGACGCGAAGCAAGGCACGACACUGGCUUCAGUCACGAUGCUUGUGUUUCUACUGGUGGGUGGGUACUACAUUCAGCACAUCCCGAGCUUUAUCGCCUGGUUGAAGUAUGUUUCUUUCAGUCACUACUGCUAUGAGCUGCUUGUGGGAGUGCAGUACUCCGUGAAUGAAGUGUAUGAUUGCGGAGCUGGGAGGCAAUGCAGAGUCAUGGAUUUUCCGGCGAUUAGUUGCUUGGGGCUUGAUAAUCUUUUGCGGGACGUGGCAGCUUUGGCGGUGAUGUUGGUGGGCUAUCGGCUUUUGGCCUAUAUGGCACUGAGGGUGGGUCAACCGCACUGACUGGGCGGCAACAGAGGAUUAUUGUUUUACAGGUGUAUUUGUUAAUUAAGCUACAGGAUGAUUAAUGAAGAUCAUAUUAGAUCUGAUGAUCGAAGGCGAUAGAAUGAUAUUGACUGGAUUGUGAUUGAAGUUGCCAUAGGUUGAAUGUGUUAAUUGUAAAUUUGAUUAUAAGGGUUUUAAAGAAUAUAUCAUUCUCUAGAUGUUAAGA